CAGAGCACCUUUUUUAGAAUACUAAACAAUUUUAGGCGUCUGCGAUUGUUUCCAAGAAGUCUAAAUUGAUCUGUCUUUGCCGCUAUUAUUAAAAUUGUUUACUAAUUUGUGUUUUGAAAGAAAAUUAUUAUAAUAAUGGAGGAUAUAGAAGCGUGCCGUAUUUGCCUAUCGACGGAUGUUAAACUAGUUAAUAUGUUUGAUAAUCAACUUGUGUCGACUUACGAAACAUUAUCGGCGUUGAAGAUGACUCGAAGUGAUGGUCUACCGCAGUUCGCGUGUAUGUAUUGCAGUAAUUUACUCCAGAAGUUCAGUGCGUUGAACAGCAAAUGUCAGCGUGCACAUAAAGUUCUAAAGUUACUUUCCAACCAGUGUGAGAUAACAACAGACAGAAUACGCAACCUGGACCUAGAGAAAUACAAACUCUUCAAUCCAUAUUCAAAGACAAUCAUAGACAAUAUAGACUGCAUAGACCAGAACAUAAAAGAGGAGAUCCGCGACUACGAAAUAGACUUCGCGAACGAAAUAGAAAUAGAAUAUAAAGAAGAGGGAGAGGAAAAACAGAGUAAGAAUGAGAAAGAAAGUAAGAUCAAAAUGGAGAAUGUCGACAUGGAUGGCAAUAUGGAGAAUAUAUUCGUGAAUGUCACAUAUGGAGAUGAUAUCGAUGUGGUAUUCCUCACCAAGGAACAGCAGAUUGAGGAAAUACAGUCGAGGAAGAACUCCUCAAACUACAUGAAGUCAAGCUAUAAAUGUGAUCUGUGCUUCAAAGGGUUCAUGGUGGAUAGUACGUAUAAGAAUCAUAUGAUUCGACAUCACCCUACAUCCGGCAGUCAUGAGUGUGAUAUAUGCCUGACCAGAUGGCCAAAUGCAAGUACAUUGCGGGGACAUUUGAAGCAAUCCCAUCAAAUCAAAUAUGUAUGCAAGCUCUGCCACUACGUCUCUAACACUCCAUACAAGGCUAAAGAACACUCAAAUUGGCACAAGGGACACAACUACGUAUGCAAGGAAUGCGGGGCGACAUUUACUAAGUCGACGAGUCAUCUCACGCACGUGAGAUUACAGCAUCCGUCGGAGUACAUCUGCAGCAUCUGCGGAGAGUCCUUCAUUGGGGAAAUCGGUCUGCGGAUGCACCGUAAGAAAUCACAUAGAAAUGUAGAGUGCCUAACUGAGGAGUCGGUGUACUGCGCGUUGUGCGGAGUCCAGUUCCUAACAAUGGAAGCGUUCACACGGCACACGGAUGUGACUGAGAACGGAAUCUGCGACCCCAAUCUCAAGCCGUGUAACCAGUGCGGUGUCAAUUUGGAGAGUGAAGAUGCGUUACUGGAGCACGUAGCACAGGUGCAUACGAAGGCGGAGACCACCAGAUGUGAACCGUGUAACAGAACGUUCGUUAAUGAACGGUCAUACGAGUUACACUACCAGCGGGUGCAUCUCGGAUACAAACGGAAGCAGUACACCAGCAAGGGCAUCGUCAGUCCAGUCGUAUGCGAGGUCUGCGGGAAGGAGUGCACGAGUAAGUCGACAUUAAUGUACCAUCAGAGGAUUCACACCGGAGAAAAACCAUACCAAUGUACACAUUGCUUCAAACGGUUCACAGUACAGCAGAGGCUGCAGAUACACAUACGGACGCACACCAACGAGAGGCCGUACCAGUGCGCUGAGUGCCCCAAAGCUUUUAAACACAAAGCCUUAUAUUAAGUUUAUUUGAACAAUCAUUCGCAGGUACAUACAGGGGAUAAGCCAUACCAAUGCCAGCACUGUGGGAAAUCAUUCUCACAAUCCAAUUCAAUGAAGGUCCAUGUGAAGACAGUUCAUCUUAAGCUGCCAGCGCCGUACAAAAGCAAGCGAAGACUAUACCCCCAUAGAGUCAUCGAAUAACACCACGAUUGGGGAUAAGCUGUGGUACAGAGAAUCCCCUCUAGAGGGAAAACACCACACUUCAUAAUAAAUUUAAUUAAAAAAAUAGGCUAUGGUAAACGUUUACAUCAGAUGGGCCAUUUGGCUGUUUGCCAAUGUCGUAGUAAAGAAUAAUAUUGAAUUGACUGGGUAUACUUACUCCAGGCUAUUGAAUAACGGUAGGAAUUGGAUGAGCUGUGGUCCAGAGAAUCCCCUCUAGAGGAAAAACACCACACGUCGUAAUAAAUUUAAUUAAAAAAAUGGCUACAGUAAACAAUAUCCAACAUCAUAGUAAAGAUUAAUACUGAAUUCACUGAGUAUUUUUACUCCAGGCUAUUGAAUAACGGUAGGAAUUGGAUAAGCUGUGGUCCAGAGAAUCUCCCUCGGAGGGAGAAUACCACACUUCAUAAUAAAUUUAAUAAAAAAUAAUAGAUGGUAAAAAUACCAUCAGAUGGGCCGUUUGACUGUUUGCCAACAUCGUAGUGUAAAAUAAAAUCGCAUUCACUGAUUAAUGCUAUACCAGACUGU